CGCUAACUUUAAAAAAAAAAAAAAAUAGACAUGAACCAUUCGUUGAUUAAUAGUGUUUGAGGUCUCUGUUCUGCUACUAUGUGGUGCUUGGAUUACAAUCCAUGGAAAAAACUUGCACUGGAUUUGCUUUAGGAGCUAUCCUCCUCCACCUGCUGUUGUUGUCCCUCCCUAACCUUUCCAUAGCAGAGGUUACUAUUUAUAGUCCCGAUGAGAUCUUCAGCAUCGAUUGUGGCUCAUCCAUCAAUUCGUCCACACCGGACGGUCGGAACUGGAUUGGAGACAGCAACACCAAACUCCUUCAUGAUAGCCAGAACACAGUUGCAGCUCCUGCGCUAACACCAUCUACACAACAGGGCCCUUACACCUAUGCUCGUCUCUCUCACUCCCAAUUCACUUACUCCUUCCCUGUCUCCACCGGCCCAAAGUUCCUUCGCCUCUUCUUCCGCUCAACUUCAUACCAAAACUUUGAUCCCCCCAAAGCCUAUUUUUCAGUCAAAUCUGGCCCAUACACCCUCCUUAAAGAUUUCAAUGCUUCCCUCAAUGCUGAUGCUGACGACGAGCCUGGCGAAUACUUGUUCAGAGAGUAUUGCAUCCACCUUGAAGAUGGUAAGAGGCUCAACAUAACCUUCAUACCGACAACCAUAGAUUCGUACGCUUUCAUCAAUGGAAUCGAGAUUGUUUCAAUGCCCUCCUAUCUCUACUACACCAAUCCUGAUGUCGUCGACAGCGCUGGAUUGCCUCAACUCGUUGGCCUCACGAACCCAAUUCCCAUUGAAAACAACUAUGCUUUGGAGACGAAGUAUCGGUUAAGAGUUGGAGACGCAGAAAUCCCUGCCUCACAGGACACUGGUAUGCUCAGAAGCUGGGAUGUGGAUAAAAAAUAUGUAACUAGUCAAAGUGUACUAUCUCUAGAUAUUGACACUAUAACUAAGCUGAGAUUCACGAAGACUACUCCUAACUAUACGGCACCAGACCAAGUGUAUCGAUCCUUAAGGAAUAUGGGACCUGAUAGCUCUAAGAACUUGAGGUUCAACCUCACAUGGCAGCUUCCCAUUGAUUCUGGCUUCACCUACUUGCUAAGGUUACACUUUUGCGAGCUUGACCCGGGGGUUAACAAGCCUGGUGACCUGAGCUUCUACAUCUUCGUUCAUGAUCAGUUGGUUGAAGACUGGGCAGAUGUUCUCGGUUGGAGCGAUGAACAGAAGGGUGUCCCAGUGGUUAGACAGUAUGCAGUUUUCAUUCAAGGGAAUCAGCAUCAAAGGGCAUAUCUUUCACUCAAAAUGCAUCCUAACCCUACAAGCUUGGCCAAGGACGCAAAACUAAAUGGAAUUGAACUUUUCAAAAUCAACGACUCAACAGGUAAUCUCGCCGGACCAAACCCAGACCCUCUUCGUGCACAAACCCCCGAGGUUCCCCAUCAUAGCUCAGAGAAGAAAAGCAACGGCACCACGAGAACCCUAUUUGCCGCCAUCGCAGGUGCAGUUUCCGGAGUUGUUUUGCUCUCCCUUAUUGUCGUUUUCUUCCUCGUCAAACGCAAGAAGAACGUCGCCGUUGACGACAAAAAAGAAGGAACUUCUCGCGGAAGUGGCUCAUCAUCGCUACCAACCAACCUCUGCCGUUAUUUCUCAAUUGCAGAAGUAAGAGCUGCCACCAACAACUUCGACAAACUCUUCAUGGUUGGAGCGGGAGGCUUCGGCAACGUGUACAAAGGCUACAUCGACGACGGUGCAACAUGUGUCGCAAUCAAAAGGCUCAAACCCGGUUCUCAGCAAGGUAAACAGGAGUUCGUGAACGAGAUCGAAAUGCUGUCUCAACUUCGCCAUCUCAAUCUUGUUUCCCUCGUCGGUUACUGCAACGAGAGCAAUGAGAUGAUACUCGUUUACGAAUUCAUAGAUCGUGGAACCCUCCGUGAGCAUAUCUACGGCACCGAUAACCCUUCUCUUUCAUGGAAGCACAGGCUUCAGAUAUGCAUAGGUGCUUCACGAGGACUGCAUUAUCUGCAUACAGGUGCGAAGCACAUGAUCAUUCACCGUGACGUCAAGAGCACCAACAUCUUGUUGGAUGAAAAAUGGGUAGCCAAGGUUUCAGACUUCGGGUUAUCCCGAAUCGGGCCCAUUGGUUCUUCAAUGACUCAUGUAAGCACUCAGGUGAAAGGUAGCAUUGGAUAUUUAGACCCAGAAUAUUACAAACGACAGCGUUUGACUGAGAAAUCAGAUGUAUACUCCUUUGGGGUGGUGCUCUUGGAGGUAUUGUCUGGGAGGCAGCCUUUGCUCCGUACGGUGGAGAAGCAACAGGUGUCACUGGUUGAUUGGGCUAAGCAUCUCUAUCACAAGGGUUCUCUGGGUGCGAUUGUGGAUGCAAAACUGAAGGGCCAGAUAGCACCUCAGUGUUUGCAUAGGUUUGGUGAGGUUGCUUUGAGCUGUUUGCUUGAGGAUGGGACCCAGCGACCUUCGAUGAACGAUGUCGUUGGGGUGUUGGAGUUUGUACUGCAGCUUCAGGAUAGUGCUGUUAAUGGAGUGGUGCCUUUGGUUGUGAGUGGUGAGGAUUAUGAAGACAGUGAGGACAUGUUUAGCAGUACCCACAGUAGUAUGCAACUUUCGGAUCAUAGUAACAGCACUGGAUUGAACACCACAAGCUAUGGGAGUAAGGAAUCUGACAGGUUGAUGAUCGUCCCGAAGAAUGUUUUCUCUGAGAUUAAUGAUCCCAAGGGACGAUGAGGUUACUGUUCAAGUUCAGGUUGAGUUUGGUGUUUAAAGUUCCCGGAGAAUGUUAAUUACAUAUUAUUUCAAAUUAGAUAAACUUAGAAAUGUUUGGAGAUGUCUAUGUAAAAAUCUGUAAGUGCUUGGAAAUAUUUAGAAGUGGAUAUGAAUAAGGAAGUUAUUUGAAAUAAGAAUGUCUACUUAAAUA